CUGUCUGCCGUUCGCCACUGUCUUACACUAAGAUCUUGUUAUGGGGUUGGAGGAACUCCUAGAGGAAGGCUAGACAAAUGUGUAGCCUUAAAUCUUGAAUUGUUUGCUGCUGAGCUUGCAAAAGCAUCUUACACUCAAGCUGUACUAGAGAAAAGGAAAACUAUCCAAACGAAGGAUUUAAGUAUGGUCUUUUAUUUAACAACGUGGCCAACCAAUAUUACUUAUGUUCCUUCGGUACUUUCGAAAGUUAUUUUAAAGCAGAGACGCGCUUACCAAGCCCUCCACCUCACCGAAGUCGGUAAAUUGGCACCGCACUUGUCUGAGUGGAUAGCAACGGUGAAUCUACAGCAAAGCGUUAUUGAAGAAAAUGACGUUAUCCAGAAUGGCACAGAGAACUCAGACGAUGAUAUACAAGAUGUAUGCUUAUUAUUAUGA